UAGUUAACUUCAUGGAUUAGUAGGUAUACAACAGAGUUUUCAUUUGAGGUUAAAAUUUCUCAUAUUGAACUAAUCCUGCGGACGUACCAACCAUUUAUGUUGAAAAUGAGAAGAAAAGGUUGGACACCCCUGUCCUAGAUGAAUAUCCGAAGGAGUUUAUGCAUAAAAUUGUAACACAAGCGAAUUGAUUCCAUUGGUUCUUUUCAUAAAAUUACCAUGCGUCUCCAUAGUUUUGAUGUCAUUGAUAGGCCGUUUGAAAACUAAUUGAACGAAAUUUUAUUAGCAACAAGGCUUCAUGUAUGCGCUACUAAUUAGCCUCGCAAAUAAAGGGAUACCCGCUAUAGUAAUCAUUUCAACGACUUAAUGAUUUAUUCAGUCUCCUUUUUUUCCUAUUUUUCUCACUAAGAUCCAAGCAUAUGUAGAGCAUCUUUUUUGGCAAUAUCGCUCGUUCGUAACAUUAGUCUGGGAAUGAUAUGGUUUCCUCAAGCAUCAGUGCCCGGUGGGGCUUAUUUAGCUACGAGUGGAUCGGAGGCAAAUGAAUGUUUGAUAUUGCAGAGCUUCAUUCAGAAUUGAACUUGAUGUUUGUCUGUUGAUUCAUUCGUAGUCAAAUAUUUGCAGUAAAAUGUGUAUUGAUAGCUUUAGCGUUCGCUCUCGUGUCAAGCUUCUUUCAUACCGGUUCGACUAUUCGCUGCGAUUUUUGUCGCUCUGUCCCUGCGAUUUCUCUACUCAUUUGCUGUAAACAUCAAUGAGAGAACAGAAUUUUUGUCGCAUUGAAGUGGUAGCUCAUAAAAAAGUGCAUGUAGCGGAUUGGAAACGAAAUCGCGUCAGUCUCCCGAGUCGGUUUGGGGAGCACUUGAGGAUGGGAAUUCUCCGCUCUUCUUGCUUGCCGGCCACACACAUCAUUCAGUUACCGCUUGGCAUUCGCGUGGAGAACACCAUCUUAAUAUAGAAAAAAGUGCGGUGUCAUCAUUUUCGCACUUCUGGCGUUUAUUUACAUUUGAAAUAGAAUGAUACGGAUAAGGCAAAUGUUCAGGUUACGUUCCUUUCAAGGCACUGCUAGACAUUUAAGCUACGUCCACAACAUUGGAAAGCAUCCGUUAGCGUAUAGAAAUGUUGGUCAACAUCUCAAAUUGGCAGCGGAGAGGUUUCCAAAUAAUGAAGCCCUGGUUUCUGUUCACGAAGCAAAGCGGAUGACGUUCUCCGAUGUUUUAGAUAAGGUAGAUCGUCUAGCAGCUUCGUUCUAUCAACUGGGUCUGCAGAAGGGUGAUCGCAUUGCGAUAUGGGCACCAAGUGGAACCCAAUUUUAUAUAUCCACUUUGGCUGCGGCACGUGCAGGAAUGAUCUCGGUUGGGAUCAAUCCAGCUUACCAGAUUCCGGAAGUGAAAUACGCAUUGAACAAAGUAGGAGUUAAAGCACUGAUUGCAGCAGAAAGUUAUCGCAGCACAAAUUAUUACGAAAUGAUUAAACAGAUUGUACCAGAGUUGGAAUCGUCCUACGCUGGAAAUAUCGUAAGCUCAAAGGUCCCAUCUUUGUCAGCAGUGAUUAUGAAGAGUAAUAGUGGAAAUAAGCUUCAAGGAACCAUUUCGUACGAAGACCUGAUGAAGACCGUUUCUGAGAAAGACAUCGCUUAUGUGGAGUCCAUUCAGCACAACAUCUCACCGGACAGUGGCGUAAAUCUUCAGUUCACUUCAGGCACCACUGGACAACCGAAAGCAGCUCUCCUUUCGCACUUCAACUUCAUCAACAAUGCAAUUUCACUAGGGCUCAAGCAUGGAUUCAAUCUCACCGAAAAUCACCGAGUCUGCAUUCAGGUUCCGUUCUUCCACGUAUUUGGAGUCGUCACUGGUAUUCUGGGUUCGAUUAGCCAUGGUUGUGCUCUCGUUGUCCCUGGGCCAGGCUAUAACCCUUCAGCAUCCGUACUGGCCAUCGUUAGUGAAAGAUGCAACGUAAUCUAUGGAACGCCUACAAUGUACGUGGAUUUGGUGAACGAAGUCAAGAAAACGGGAACCGAUCUACCGUCGAUCAAAUUGGUCGUAACUGGGGGAGCUCCAUGUGCACCGCAACUCUACAAAGACAUCCAGAGCGUACUCGGAGUUGAGCAGGUUAAAACGAUCUACGGACUCACGGAAACCACCUGCGUUUGUUUCCACUCAGUUUGGGAAGAGUCUCAGGAGAAGGUUCUGACCACAGUUGGACACCUGGGUGACCAUUGGGAGGCAAAGGUGGUUGACCAAAACGGUGAUUUGGUGCCAUUUGGAAUGCCUGGAGAGCUAUGCGUUCGCGGUUAUGGCACUAUGCUGGGCUACUGGGAAGAUGAGCAGAAGACCAAGGAAACGAUCGCAAUCGAUAAAUGGCUCAAAACUGGAGAUCAAUUCGUUCUGAGGGAGGAUGGAUACGGAAAGAUUGUAGGGCGAAUCAAAGAGGUGGUGAUAAGGGGAGGUGAAAACAUUUAUCCAAGGGAAAUCGAAGACGUUCUCAUUACGCAUCCGGAUGUUUUGGAAGUGCAUUGCGUUGGGGUUCCAGAUGAUCGGAUGGGAGAGGAAGUGUGCGCUUUCGUGCGGUUGAAUAAUGGUGUGAAUGAGUUUGAUCGGGUUCAGGUUAAGGAGUUUUGCAAAGGAAAAAUUGCCCACUUUAAGGUACCGAAGUAUGUGGAAAUCAUUGAUCACUUCCCUAAGACCACGUCUGGUAAAAUCCAAAAGUUUAAACUUUUGGAGCGUUUUAUGGAACAGAAGAAGAAGCUUUAGUUUGGAUUAUUUUUUAAAUUUGUUAUGAUGUUAUCGUUGUCAAUAAAAUCAUGUGGGUAACUAAACAGUUUUCUGAAUGAUUUUGUCAAGAAAAUAAUCAUA